AAGUACCGGUAACUAUUACUUAGUUUCUGUGCAGUUUUUUUCAUAAUCACUACAGCCCAGUACGGGUCUUAUCAGUCGCAGCGAACCAGAGAUCAGAGAGAGAGAGAGAGAGAGAGAGAGAGAGAGAGAGAGAGAGAGAGAGAGAGAGAGAGAGAGAGAGCGAGAGAGAGAGAGAGAGAGAGAGAGAGAGAGAGAGAGAGAGAGAGAGAGAGAGAGAGAGAGAGAGAGAGAGAGAGAGAGAGAGAGAGAGAGAGAGAGAGAGAGAGAGAGAGAGAGAGAGAGAGAGAGAGGUUUUCUCGUACGUCUCCUGGUUCAUUUUGCUUUGGCUCUUGGCCUGGUGCGGUUGGUCUGUCUCCUCGCUGGGGCAGCAAGGUUUCUUCUGGUCUGCAGGUAUGGCCACAAGCGGUACCGGUGGCCACCCGUCGCCAGAUGCGGACAAGGCAGAUGGUGCUGGCGUGUCAAAGUGCCUUGGCGAAGGACAAAAAGGCGUCGAGCAUAGCGGUGAGGUCGCAACGCUAGAGUUCGACCCCGAGAACAGCUACGCACUUUGUGUGGGAACGGACAAGCUGUGGCGUGAUUCGCCAGCUGAGAUGAGCAAAGUACUCAAUAGUAGAUUGGGACUGGCGCAGGAUCAUAUUAUUGUGCUUAGCGAGGCAGCCCUCGACUCUGCCACCGAGGCAGCCCUCGACUCUGCCACCGAGGAGAACGUCAAGGCCCGCCUGUCUGAGCAGGCAGCAAAGGUUAAGGACAACGGAAUACUCUUCUUCUCCUUUAGCGGCCAUGGUGGUCAAAAGAAGCCUGACAAGAACGUGGCAGAGAACGUGGCAGAGAACGUGGAUGAGAACGUGGAUGAGAUUGAGGAAUUCUACAUAGCGGCGGCUGAUCCUCAACGGAUGGGCGCAUCGUUGUUCGUAGACAGCCUGGGCACCUGCAAAGGCAGGAAUGCCGUUAUCGUCAUGGACUGUUGUUAUGCCGGAGGGCUUCUUGAAAACAUCCGCCAGUCCAAGUGGAAGAAUAGCUUCAAUGUGUACACCCUCGCCGCCUCAAAACGGAACGAGAAGACGUCCUAUAUUCCUGGCCUUGGCCCCUCGCUUUUCACCUUCUUCAUGGCGUGUUACCUGGAAGAGAACGCUAAACUAGGUAAGCUGCCCAUUCGCAGCAGCAUGGACUACUGCAGGGCUCUCUGUCCAGCGUUUGCACGACUCUUGUAUGUGACUGACAAGGAGAAGGUCAAACUGAAGGCUGAGCGCAAGUCAACGAUUCCGAACCCCAUCUAUGAUUAUCGACCGAAGACUACAGAGUCGGGCGAAAAGGCACCCUUGAUUAAAUCGCACCUUCACCCACUGACUUCAUCAUUCAUCAACAAGCUGAUGGAUGAUCCGGAUGAUGAUCUGCUCCCUCAAGCGAUCCACGAGUAUUUUCAGGAAACGGCAGUGGAGAGUGUGCGCACGUUGUAUAGCCACGGUUGCCUGAGUCCCGACUUUGGCCAAAGAUACAGCACCGUGUUCAACUGCGUGCUUAGACUAAUUGUUCGGAGCUCAGCAAAGAUACUACUGGAUCUCCAGCAGCUACAGAGCGCAACCUCAGCUGGCGACGACAAUGCUAAGAGCGUGCACCCGAUUUUGCAGCCAGGGCAUCCCGAUAUAUUUCUGAGGGUGAUGAAGUACGUAUAUUGGCUGUUUAAGAGAGGACUGUCCAGCGCAUCGACAGCGGAGGCUUCCCAUAGCCCGACCAAGCCCGUUCUUCAGAUGCGUCACUUCAUCAAGUUGCCUGAAAAGUAUUUCAGCCUGCUUAAACAUCAAGUGAGUGCCCAGACAAAAAUCAAGUACUGGGUCAUGGUAAAGAAAUGCCAUGCAAUGAUUUACGCCAAGCCGAAGGAGCCUCUCGACGAAAUGCUGAAACCGGACAACUAUGAGGAGCUGAAAAAGCUCCCUCCAUUGGACUUGCACCAGCUCAUUGCGAAGAAUAUCACCAAGCUGAGUCUCUCCGCUGAGUGAAGUCAGUAUCAUCUCUCACGUAGUGCAGAUACAGAUUUUUGAAAUGAUAAUUAUAUCCCCCCCCCCCCCCAAUCCCCCGACACCCACGUUAUCUCAUAAUUGUUAUUACUAGUUCUUUAUCAGAGUGGCUGCAAUAGAGUCCGCGAGUUCUGAGAAAUAUUUAUCACAUUUUGGAGCUGAUGCUCUAGGUUACUACAAUUACCCAAAUAUGCUACCCAGCGGCUAUUGCCUUGGUUGUCUUUAUUUAAAUAAUACAUGUACAUGUAUUAUUUUGCAAGACUGUGAUCUGAGAAAAAAUGCAUCUUCAGUGAGAUUUUUCUUUCUUUUCAAUUGAGAAAAUUAAAUUUAGGUGAAGAUCCCGUGUUAAGUUAGCAUAUGGGCAACAGCACAACGAUCUUCUUAAAAUUUAUUCACUUUUUACAGUAUACUGCUAGUUGACUAGAUCCCCACUUCUCAUAAUCCAGCGCAUCCGACUUCCCCUGUAUCCCCUUGCCUGUAUCUGCCCCCAACUCGAAGCGCUCAUCAUCCAUGCUAUACAAUCAUGUACUAGUUACCUACAUGUACAUCUACAGUCAACUUUGCAUAACGCGACACUCGGCGGGGCGUCAGAAAAGUGUCCUUGUUCACCAAGUGUCGUUAUUUUAUUUUAUUUUUUUAAACAAAAAACAAAAACAC